AUGAACCACAUUUGAAAGGCUAAAGAGGGAAGUGUAAUUCAUAAAACCACCAAGAAGAGGCCCAGAGGAGGUUGUAAAAGCAGAAGUGGAGAAUUCAGACAUGCCCAGAGGCCUCAGCUGCCUGGCGAGCCCUGAGGGGGCAGAAGGCCGGUAUGAAACCCCCCCAGCUUCAGAGCUUCAGAGACUGAUGUGGACAAAAAAAGGGUCCAGUAACCAUCUGGAUGAGGUUCAUCCCGGGAUCUACAUCGGAGACAUGUACGCAGCCAAAGACAAAAGGACUCUCCAGGCUCAUCGCAUCACCCACGUGCUUAAUGCAGCUGAUGGGAAGUUCAAUGUGAACACAGGGCCCAGCUUCUACCAAGACACCACGAUCACUUAUCACGGAGUCGAAGCUUUUGACAUGCCAUCCUUUGACUUGAGUCCCUUCUUUUACCCAGCGGCCAAUUUCAUCAAGAGCGCUUUGAGCUCUCCCACAGGUAAAGUCUUCGUCCACUGUGCAAUGGGCCUCAGCCGCUCAUCCACCUUGGUUCUGGCUUACCUGAUGAUCCACGAGAACAUGACUCUGGUGGACGCCAUCAAAGCUGUGGGCGCCAACAGGAACAUUUCUCCCAAUAACGGGUUCUUGGAGCAGCUCCGAGCACUGGACACAAAGCUCCACUGCCAGGGAUUAUCCAGGAGCUUCAACGGGCGGACGUAAAAAUAAAAUCCUUCAGUCCAUAAAUUUGGAUAAUAUUUUUGACCCCUGUCCAUGUCUGAGUGUUAAAAAGCUAUUACAGUGAUAAUGUUUUUGUAAUGAACAGAUACUUCAGCUGUAUUUAAAGGGCUUCAAGGUAAGAAAAUUUAAUAACCUGAUGAAGAGUGAUUUUUAAACAUUAACAAUUAAGUUAUAUGAACAAAACGUGCUUAAAUUAUUAGCUCAAAAUACCCAAAAGUAUGACACAAAAGGACGACUGUGAGGUUUUAAGGUUACAAAAUCAGAAUUAACACAAAACACAAAGAAGAUUACAUUUGUGUUUAACUGUUGAAAUUCUUCCCCAUCUGUGCCUGUGUCUCCAGUCUGCAGUGAAAAAUGUGUGCCUUUAUAGAGCUUCAAAACUUCAAAUAUUUAUGUAUUAGAACAGUUAAGUUACAUUUGUGUUUGAGAAACAACAGAAAAGUUACUGCACUCAGUGAGUUAUACAGUCACAGAUUACACUACAAUGUUUACUUGACAGUGAGUGAGUGUAAUAGUGUAGUCAUACAAAUGCUACAGUUCUUGCCCUUUAACGAAUACAGUCAAAUACAGCCCUUUGACUGGGCCAUCACA